ACAGACUUAACCAAUAAUGAUGGAUUCAAAGAUUUCAACACUGAAAGGUGUAAUUUUAGUAAUAGUGGCAGGCUCCAACAUAUUUUUGGCAAGAAAUCGGGUCACUUCCCAUCCAAUAUGUUCAGGUGAUGGCACUAACUGUCAGAUGUCUACUGGAGCACUCUUCGACCGGGCAGUUAAACUUUCCCAUUAUAUCCAUUCGCUCUCAUCGGAAAUGUUCAAUGAAUUUGAUGAACGGUUUACUCCUGGUCGGAGAUUCACUUCAAACUCUGUAAUGAGUUGCCAUACAUCUUCACUGAAUACCCCAGAAGAUAAGGCUCAAGCUCAGCAAAUUCAACAUGAAGACCUGCUAAACUUAGUACUGAGAGUUUUGAGGUCCUGGAAUGAUCCAUUAGUACAUAUGGUUUCUGAAGUGCAAGAUAUUAGAGAAGCACCUGACACUAUACUAUGGAAAGCUGUAGAAAUUGAAGAACAAAUCAAGCGCCUCCUGGAAGGAAUGGAAAAAAUUGUUGGACGGAUUCAUCCAGACUUGGAAAACGAAGUUUACUCCUUGUGGUCAGGUCCUCCGGUCUCCAAUCCAGCAGAUGAAAAUGCCCGCCUCUCCGCAUUUUACAACCUGCUUCGUUGCCUUCGCAGAGAUUCACAUAAGAUUGACAACUACUUGAAGCUUUUAAAGUGUCGUCUAAUUCAUGACAGUAGCUGUUAAGCUUCCAUUCUGUCCAUUAUUCAUUGGUAAAUCACUAGGAAAAUGUAUUGCUUCUUGUUAUACCAUGAAAGGAUAUUAGAUAUUUUUCUGUAUGUAAAAUUAAAAAGAAAAGAAUAAAUGUGCAGUCUAAUUUUAGGACAUUAAUCCUCAAUCUAUCAAAUGUUUUCUCUAGAAAUAAAAAA